AUGAGCUUCUUUAAUAGCUUUGGAAAAAUUGGUAAAUACUCCCGUCUUAAAAAAUCAUCUAUUACGACAUAUACACAAAAUUCUCAACAAGAUCAUCGUAAAUUAUUUCUAUAUCAGCCAUUUGUAAAGACAGCAUUAGUUAAGGGAAGUUUUGCAACAAUUGUAGCGCUUCCAAAAUAUGUAGAUUUGAAUGAAUGGCUUGCAUUAAAUGUGUUUGAGUUUUUUACAUAUUUGAAUCAAUUCUAUGGUGUUUUUGCAGAGUUUUGUACGCCACAAAAUUGCCCGUCUAUGUCUGCAAGCUCAAGCGUGAAUUAUAUGUGGCUUGAUGGGAAUCGAAAACAAAUACAGUUAUCAGCACCUCAAUAUAUUGAUUGUGUAUUAGCAUGGGUAAAUAACCGAUUAAGUGAUGAAAAUGUUUUUCCAACAAAAGCUGGCCAUAGAUUCCCUUCUAACUUUUUCAUUAUCGUAAAAUCAAUAUAUAAACAGCUAUUUCGAAUUUUUGCACAUAUUUAUUAUUCUCAUUUUGACAAAAUUCUUCAUUUAUCUCUAGAAGCACAUUGGAAUAGCUUUUUUGCGCAUUUUAUAUCUUUUGGAAAAGAAUUUGAACUCUUAGAUAAACAUGAUGUUGAACCAUUGCGUGAUUUAAUAGAUUUAAUGGUUAAAACAGGGAUUAUUGCAUAA